GGGAGAGGGACGAUCUGGAGGAAACCGCGGGCAGAUCCCGUCAGUGGACUUCCGGCGUGAGCCCGUUCUUCAUGAACGCGAGGAAAGAUGCUGUCGAGAGUUAGCCUGGUCGCGAUUCUGUUGAUCCUCAAUUGCCUCACGACGGAGUGCACAGAGUCGCCGCAGGAGGAACGCCACGGGACCGAGGGGGAUGUCGCAGCGGACGAGAGGGUCCUCAGACAACGCACGCACGGCAAGGUCAUGUCGGAGAGUUCACCCCUUCUCGCCACCCACGGCAACGUCAGCAAACACAAGCUGUCCGAGGUGGAGCUGCAGGACGCGCAGUCCAAGACCGGAGCGGAGGAACGAGAUCGGCCGCGAAAUCGCAAACGACGGAUGGACCGGACGAUGAUGGCGUUGCUGAUGGCGUACAAGCUGAAAUUCAUCGCCCUGAUACCGACGAUGAUCGGCGGCCUCAUCCUCUUGAAGGGCACCACGCUGCUCGCGGGAUUCUUCUUCGCCCUGUUCGCCGCCGUGCUAGGCCUGAAAGUGCACUGACGGCGAGGCCUGGCGGGAAUUUCGCGACGAGAGGAGAGAGAUGAAGGUUGAGAUAGGAGGAAGAGAGAACACCCAUCGACAGAUACACGAAGAAGUGAGGAUGACAUAAUGACUUUAUUUCGUAAUUAUUUAGAAUCAGGUUAGGCUAAUCUGUAACUUCGUAUCGUCGUUUUACUCAUUGACCAAGAACGGAGCGAGCCUGUGUGAAGGCACCAAGGCCGAAUUUAUAAUCGCUUCUCGGAUUCUCGAACGUACGCGUAACGCGCACACGUC